GGCGGCCGGUUCCGCGUCUACAAGGAAAUUGUGCCCUUGACCCCUGAGCCGCCCCGGAGACGGAAUGCAGCGUAGUGGGCUCCUUGGAUACGGGCGCUACGGAUGACUGUACUCUAAAAGGGCCCCUAUUGGGCCCCACGGAGGGCUGCGACCCCGGCUCAGAGUGCAUAGUGUGUGGGUCAGGGCGUCCCCUUGCCUGGGUUGUACCCCACGGGCCUUCCAGUUCUGACUCGUGUGGUCCCGUGGAGAAUGACGGUCCUGAUCGGACAGACCUUACAGAACAUGAGGCCUGGGCUGGGGUCCACAGAGGGUGGAUGGAGGGCCUCCCGAAGGACCUAUGGGACCUAAUGGGACACCUAUGGGUCCCUAACUCAGUGGACCCCAUGGGACACCAGGGUCUGGGCUGGAGUCCACAGAAGAGGGUUCUUCCGACUCGUGGAGCCUCUUGGAAAGACAAGAUUCUCACCGAACAGACCAAAUAGGACAUGAGGGUUUGGGUUGAAGUGGCCUUGUGGGAGGCGGGGUUCUGACUUGCACAUCCCCUUGAAGUGACGGGAUCCUCAAGAAUAAAACAUGAAAUUCUUGGCUGAGGUCUGCGGAGGGCGGGGAUCCUGAUUGACUGGGAUCUUGGGGGUAACAGGGGACCUGAUUAGGCUAUUCCCACGGAGAAGAGACAGGGUCCUAACAAGGCAGCUGUACAAGGACUGGAGUCCCGCUUGAGUGGGCUGGAUGCAGCGUGCAGACCCCUUACUUGGCUGCGCUGAACGGAGCUCUGGCAUCCCUGAGGCCCCGCGCCUUGCGCUCUGUGGGGCUGGGCGGCCUCAUCGCCCCUCCUCUCCCCGGGGCCGGGCCGGGGCGGUACCUGACAGCGGGGCGGGCUCAGUGGCGGGGGCUCAGACGCCCGGCGGCGGGCGGCGGGACGCACGGGGCGGCCAGGGGCCGGGGAGGCACCGGCCAACGCCAUGGACCUGAUAUCGGCGCUAAGCCUGGGAGAGCUAGCGCUCAGCUUCUCGCGGGUGCCGCUCUUCCCAGUCUUCGACCUCAGCUACUUCAUCGUCUCCCUCAUUUACCUGAAGUAUGAGCCAGGAGCCGUGGAGCUGUCACGGCGCCACCCUGUGGCGUCCUGGCUGUGUGCCAUGUUGCACUGUUUCGGGAGUUACAUCCUGGCCGACCUGCUCCUCGGGGAGCCCAUCAUCGACUACUUCAGCAACAGCUCCAGCAUCCUGCUGGCCUCUGCGGUGUGGUACUUGAUUUUCUUCUGUCCCUUGGACCUCUUCUACAAAUGCGUCUGCUUCCUGCCUGUGAAACUCAUCUUUGUGGCUAUGAAGGAGGUGGUGAGGGUCCGAAAGAUUGCCGUGGGCAUCCAUCACGCACACCACCACUACCACCACGGAUGGUUCAUCAUGAUCGCCACCGGGUGGGUCAAAGGCUCUGGUGUCGCCCUCCUGUCCAACCUGGAGCAGCUGCUUCGAGGAGUCUGGAAGCCAGAGACCAAUGAAAUCCUGCACAUGUCCUUCCCCACCAAGGCCAGCCUGUACGGAGCCGUCCUGUUCACCCUGCAGCAGACCCGCUGGCUCCCCGUGUCCAAGGCCAGCCUCAUCUUCGUCUUCACCAUGUUCAUGGUGUCAUGUAAGGUGUUCCUGACGGCCACACACUCCCACAGUUCUCCAUUUGAUGUCCUGGAAGGCUACAUCUGCCCAGUGCUGUUUGGGGCAGCUUGGGGAGGUGACCAUCACCAUGACAACCAUGGAGCACCACAUGGCGGCGGCGGGCUGGGCACCCAGCACUCGGGCCUGCCUGCCAAGGCCAGGGAGGAGCUGAGCGAAGGCUCCAGGAAGAAGAAGACCAAGAAGGCAGAUUAGGGGUGGACCCAGGCAUCCACGGGAGAAGGGUAUGGACUCAGGGAACCUCAGAACUUAGGGGCAUCCAGGGCUCAGAGUUCCCCUCCACCAGCCUCAAUUUCCCUAUCUGCAGUUUGGAGUCAUCAACCACUCCCAGGGCUGAUGAGGGUGGAGGAGUUGGGUAGCAGUGAGAAGCCCUGCUUUCUGCCAGACCUCUCAUGACGUCACAGCCUUCAGGGUCACACAUCCUCACAGCACCCACAGCAGAAGCCCUGGCCAGUAGAUUCUUGGUUUUCUUUCUUUGUUCUUUCAAAUUAUAUCUUGUAACCAAAAGAAUUUAAAGCCACGUUGGAGACUCAGUUACCUGAGUUCCUCUGGAGAUCCAGGUGCUGGGGUUCCCAUGUCCUAUCCCUCCCAGGACUGCCCUAGAAUUUUGUGACUCCUUCUGGGCAUCUUGGGGUAAAUCGCCUCCUUCUCUGAACCUCUAGCUUCCUCUCAGUAGCGCGGAGACCCCGGGUCCUCCUGUGUACACAGGGUAGAUGAUGUCAGAAGUUUCCUAAGCAGCAUGCUGUGGCCAGGGAGCCUGCGUGAAGGGCGGUGGCAGGUGCUUUGUACCUCAGGCUGUUUGUGUUUGGGCCCAGAAGGUCUCACCAGUUACUCAGCUGAGCGGAUACAUCCAGGGCUGCUAGGAAGCAGAGCUUGAGUUUCCAGCAGCCCACAGGCAAAAGAAGUGUAGCCACCUGCACGCAGGGCAGAGUGUCCAAGAGUCAACCUCCUUGAGUGCUCACUGUUGGGCCCUGGACACAUCAGGGGUCCCUCAUGCCGGAUCAACAUUGUUCAUUCAGUCAUUCAACAAACAUAUGGUCCACACCUGAUCCGUGUACAGUGCUAUAAUGCUGGAGAGGAGCAGGCCUUGUACAGGGCGAGGGCUGUGGUAGCCAAAGUCACCAGAAGGUCUGGGAGGUGAGUGUGGGGCAAGGCUGGGCUCAGGCUUCUGUGAGUACCCAGUUUGCUGAGAAAGCACCUUCUCAAGGCAUUGCCCGGAGGUAGGGGUAGGGCCUGAAUCUGGAAGCUCCUGGGUUUCAUCCUCUCGGUGUCAAUCAAAGCUCAGUGUGAGUGAUAAGCCAAUAAAUGUGGUGCCAGUGAA